AUGGCGCACUUCCUCUACAAGAAGAAUCUCCAGCACGAGAAAGUCCGCGACAAGUACGUCACCGAGCGCAAGAACCUGGACCAAGCACGGGACGCAGGUAUUAUUCCCGCUGCCUCCUGGAAAGAAGCCAAAAAGCAGAUCAUUCCCACAGACACCCCUCUCGAACCCGAUGCCAGUACGGCUUCCUUCGUCAACGGACCACACCCGUCCAGAACGAAUAGCAUCCAGUCGGCCAGCACGCAGUCGUCAUCGGGUGACUCCCUGCCUCCGGUACCUGCCAUCUCCGAUGGCUAUUCCGCUUCCCCGCCGCGGGCGCCGGCGAGACCGAAGCUUGGAACCAUAUUGGAUCGUAACAAUCCCAUGAGGCUUUUCAAGCCCGAUGCUCAGACGGAAGAGCAGAGGAAUGCCAAGAAGCGCGAGAGGAAACUGCAGCAGUCGCAGCAAUUGGACACGGACUAUAAGCAGAAUGACGCGCCGUACCUGGAUGUCUUUGCCAAUGGUUCCGACUUCCACCUUCAAUUGUAUGAUUCCGCUUCCCGUCGGAGGUCGAGCGCGUCCUCCGCAUCGGCAGUGCCGUCUAGGAAGAAGAAGUCAUUCUUUCCUAACAGAUCUCCCAGGCUUUCGCCGCAGCUUGCAGCAGCACCACCGCGCCAGUUCCCUAAAGGCGAACCUCUAACGAGUCCUCGUAUGAGUCCUCGUAUGAGUCCGCGUAUGAGUCCCGGCAUGACUCCUCUUCUGGAACCGCUCUCUCGGUUUCCUUCCCCCGGUGAUUAUAAGCUCGAACCUCCGGCUUCGCCGUGGCUUGCAGCCGACCGCGGAUUGUCGCGGACCCGCUCGGCCUCGGUCUCCUCCUCGAAUUUUUCCCGCCCUCGCCCUCCAUUUCCUCCUGGUUUCGGACCUAGUUCCUCUCGACGACACUCCUUCUCGUCUCAAGAAACCCGACCAUCCUUCACCUCAUCGCGGUAUCCGGAUGAUAAUGCCUCCGAAUCCAAUCCGCCUUCCGUCCACUCACGGGAUAGGUGGCCACUGCGGGACGGCGGACUACCGUACGGGCUGACCAAUGGCUACGACGAGUGCUCGUACACGCCUCCAUCGAUGCUCCUGCUGGAUGUAUUUUCCUCCCUCAUCGACGAAUUCGAAUCGACGCCGAAGAUAUUUGGCUACGCGAAGGACGAAGACUACCAGCCCAGCAAUGCCAGCUUUGCCGGCUCGAGCACGCACCUGCCGCACCCAGGGAACUUGGUGGUCCUCGACGACGAACUAGCGGACUCGAAAGCUGUGCUCAAGAAACGCGCGUGGUUUCUCAUGGCCGUCAAGUGGCUCUACUUCGGCCGCAUCCUGUUCUCCCCCGGUCACCACCUACUGCGACUCAAUGGCGUUGAUGGAGAUGGCCCGGGGUACACUACGCUCUCCCCUUUAGCCACGGGCUCCAUCGACGUGAUCUCAUCGCGGUUCCUCCCCUCGCUAAUCAGCAAAGACGGCUGGCUCCCCCUGAUCCUCGAGUGCCACCGAGUGCUGAAGCACGACGGCUACCUUGAACUCUCGAUCCUCGACCCGGUGUUGAACGACAUGGGGCCGAAGCUGCGCGCAUGGAUCCUCGACCAUAUCCUGUCCGACCCCGCGCACCCGCGCAGCUUCGACAUCAUGCCGAGCAAGACGGUGUUAACGACGCUGCGCGAGGCGGGGUUCACCGACGUGAGCAAGGUGUGGAUGUGGAUGCCGGCGACGUCGGCGGGCGACGAGCUCAGCUCCGUCACCUCCAGCAUCGGAAGGUACCUCUACGACGAGCUGUAUUGUCCACGACCAGAAGAGGACCGCGAUGAGGAGUCGAGAGGCGAUAAGCCGAGAAGACAUUAUGAGAAUGACGUCUGGAUGGAUGAGGACAUCAUGGAGGAGUGUAGGAGACAUAAUACUGCCUUUAGGUGGUUGAAGGUCUAUGUUAGGAAGAGCCCGGCGAAGGGAGGCGGGUAUUAG